GGUACCCUUGAAAGUGGAGCAAGCAAACAAUGCUCGUGAUGCCUUGGCUAAAACGGUGUACAGUCAUCUGUUUGACCAUGUGGUGAACAGGGUCAACCAGUGCUUUCCCUUUGAGACUUCCUCCUCCUUCAUUGGCGUGCUAGAUAUAGCUGGUUUUGAAUACUUUGAACACAACAGUUUCGAACAAUUCUGUAUUAACUACUGUAAUGAAAAACUGCAGCAGUUUUUUAAUGAAAGGAUUCUGAAAGAGGAGCAAGAACUUUACCAAAAAGAAGGCCUGGGGGUUAAUGAAGUGCGCUAUGUAGAUAAUCAGGACUGUAUAGAUUUGAUUGAAGCAAAACUUGUAGGAGUACUGGAUAUUUUGGAUGAAGAAAAUCGUCUUCCCCAGCCAAGCGACCAGCAUUUUACUUCGGUUGUGCACCAGAAACACAAGGACCAUUUCAGGCUCUCGAUUCCUAGAAAGUCUAAAUUGGCUGUUCACAGAAAUAUCCGAGAUGAUGAAGGCUUUAUUAUCCGACAUUUUGCAGGAGCAGUAUGCUAUGAAACGAUGCAAUUUGUGGAAAAAAACAAUGAUGCUUUGCACAUGUCCCUUGAAUCUCUUAUAUGUGAAUCCAAGGACAAGUUUGUUCGUCAGCUGUUUGAAUCUAACACUAACAACAACAAGGAUCCCAAACAAAAAGCUGGGAAACUUAGUUUCAUCAGCGUGGGAAACAAAUUCAAGACUCAGUUGAAUUUGCUUCUUGAGAAGCUUCACAGUACUGGGUCUAGCUUUAUUCGCUGUAUCAAGCCUAAUUUAAAGAUGACAAAUCACCAUUUUGAAGGAGGGCAGAUCCUCUCUCAGCUUCAGUGUUCAGGAAUGGUGUCAGUUCUGGAUUUGAUGCAAGGUGGUUUCCCUUCACGAGCUUCAUUUCAUGAACUAUAUAACAUGUACAAGAAAUACUUGCCCGACAAAUUGGCUCGACUGGAUCCUAGGCUCUUUUGCAAGGCACUAUUUAAAGCCUUGGGACUGAAUGAAAUUGAUUACAAAUUUGGGCUAACCAAGGUGUUUUUUAGACCUGGCAAGUUUGCAGAGUUUGAUCAGAUCAUGAAGUCUGAUCCAGACCACCUGGCAGAGCUGGUUAAACGAGUGAAUCGCUGGCUUAUCUGCAGCCGUUGGAAAAAGGUUCAGUGGUGUUCUCUCUCUGUGAUUAAGUUGAAAAAUAAGAUAAAAUACCGAGCCAGUGCCUGCAUCAAAGUCCAAAAGACUAUUCGUAUGUGGCUUUGCAAGAGAAAGCACAAACCGCGCAUCGAUGGCCUGAUAAAAGUGCGGACGCUGAAGAAGAGGCUUGGCAAAUUUAAUGAAGUAGUAAGUGCUCUGAAGGAGGGGAAGGCGGAGACCAGCAAGCAGGUCAAGGAGCUGGAGUGUUCUAUUGAUGCUUUAAUGACCAAAAUUAAGACGACUAUAAUGAGUAGGGACCAGAUACAGAAGGAGUAUGACGCUCUGGUUAGAAGCUCAGAGCAGCUUCUCAAUGCGCUGCAAAAGAGGAAGCAGCAAGAGGAGGAAGCAGAGAGGCUGCGACGCAUUCAGGAGGAAAUGGAAAAAGAAAGAAAGAGACGUGAAGAGGAAGAACAACAACGAAGGAAGGAAGAAGAGGAAAGACGUCUGAAAUCUGAGAUUGAGGCAAAGAGAAAACAGGAAGAGGAAGAGAGGAAGAAGAGGGAAGAGGAAGAAAAGCGUAUUCAGGCUGAAAUUGAGGCUCAGCUAGCUAGAGAACGAGAAGAGGAAACCCAGCACCAGGCAGUGCUUGAACAGGAACGUCGUGAUCAUGAGCUUGCAAUGAGAAUUGCCCAGAGCGAGGCAGAACUCAUCAGUGAUGAGGCUCAGCUUGAUUUAGGGUUGCGCAGAGCCAAUGGAACAAAGCUGCAAAUGACUGCGGAACAAAUGGCCACAGAAAUGUCAGAAAUAUUGUCUAGGGGUCCUGCCGUUCAAGCCACAAAAGCUGCUGCUGGUACUAAGAAGCAUGAUCUCAGUAAGUGGAAAUAUGCAGAGCUUCGUGAUACCAUCAAUACAUCCUGUGACAUUGAACUGUUGGCAGCUUGCAGAGAGGAGUUUCACAGAAGGCUAAAGGUGUAUCACGCUUGGAAAUCCAAGAACAAGAAGCGCAACGCAGAAACAGAACAGCGUGCUCCCAAAUCAGUCACAGACUAUGAUUUUGCACCAUUUUUGAGCAACUCACCCCAACAGAACCUGACAACCCAACUACCAGCCAGACAACAAGAGAUUGAAAUAAACAGGCAGCAGCGUUAUUUCCGCAUCCCCUUCAUCCGUCCCGCGGACCAAUACAAAGAUCCCCAGAACAAGAAGAAGGGGUGGUGGUACGCACAUUUCGAUGGGCCCUGGAUCGCUCGACAAAUGGAACUUCAUCCCGACAAAGCACCCAUUCUCCUUGUGGCGG